GCUACGCAGUCACAGUGAGGACAGUGAAGAAGCGCCACCAUGCAGCUGCCUACGUACUGCAGCCCCAACAGCUCCCUAACCCCAGUGUGGGUGGACCAGGGUCUGUCCGUAUGUUUCACCGAGACCCUCAUCCCUUCAAUCCUCCAAGGAUUCAUCCUGAUUUUCGGAGGAAUACAGGGCCUCUUUCUCAUGAAGUAUUCUACCGUUAUAGAACCAAAAUACAUCCCCAAAAGCGCCUUGUAUAAGCUACAGAUCACGUUACACGUGCUGCUUGUUGUCCAAGCAAUCGUACGGUUAGUCCUACAUGUCACGCUUGGAGCGAAGACGUUCUACGGAUACAUGAUCCUCUACACAUGCUUGUACGCGGUGUCGUGGUGGAUGGUGAUGAUUCUGAUGGGCGCGGAGAGGAAGCGGGAGAUCUUGAUGCGGUCGUCGCGGGGUCACGGCGCUGUCCUACUGCUGUUCUGGGCGCUGGCGUUCCUACUGGAGAACCUGGCGCUGGUGUCGUGGAACAGUGAACAGUGGUGGUGGGAGAUACGCACCGUGGACCAGAAGGUGGAGUUUGGCACCUGGGUGGUGCGUUACAGCUGCACCCUGCUGCUAUUUCUGCUGGGCCUGUGUGCACCUGGCCGGCCCCACAAGCCUUACAUGAACAUCAUCAAUGAGGACAGGGACGUGGAACAGGCUGAGCCGUUAUUGGACGAGCUUGGGACAGAGUCGCAAGGUUCGACAUUCCGCGGUUUCAUCCGGAAGUGUAAGAUGCUGUGGCCGUACAUGUGGCCGAAGGGCAGCCUGGCGCUCCAGCUGCGUGUCGUGUUCUGUUUCCUUCUCCUCGCCGCGGGAAGGGGCAUCAACGUGCUGGUGCCUAUCUACUACAAGAUCAUUGUGAACCGUCUGUCCAAGGCAGAGUUCCCCUGGGAUGACAUCCUUCUGUACACAUUCUGGAAGUUCCUACAAGGGGGAGGGGCAGGCACUGCUGGACUGCUGAAUGGACUUCGUACUUUCCUGUGGAUCCUGGUACAACAGUACACCAACCGUACCAUGUCUGUACGGCUCUUCAAGCAUCUGCACCAGUUGUCUCUGAGGUGGCAUCUGACCAGGAAAACAGGGGAGGUUCUGCGAGUCAUGGACAGGGGGACACAGAGUGUCAAUAACCUGCUCAAUUAUAUCCUGUUCAGUAUUGCUCCUACCAUUGUGGACAUCAUCAUCGCCAUCAUUUACUUCACUGGAGCUUUCAACAUCUACUUUGGCCUCAUUGUCUUCGUCUGUAUGGCACUCUAUUUGGCACUGACCAUCUUUGUGACGGAAUGGCGGACCAAGUUCCGAAGAAAGAUGAACAUCAAGGAAAAUGCCAUGAAGCAACAGGCAGUGGACUCGCUCCUCAACUUUGAAACAGUAAAGUACUAUGGUGCCGAAGACUAUGAAGUGGACAAGUAUCGUGUUUCUGUGACAGACUAUCAAUUGGACGAGUGGAAAACCAAUGCAUCCCUGAGUGUGCUGAACAACGCCCAGAACAUAGUCAUCACCGUGGGGCUGAUAGCAGGGUCCCUUCUGUGUGCCAGCUACGUGUCGGACAAGACUCUGAAGGUUGGAGACUAUGUCCUGUUCUCCACCUAUAUUAUCCAGCUGUAUGCACCUCUUAACUUCUUUGGCACUUACUACAGAAUGAUCCAGGCAGCUUUUAUCGACAUGGAGAACAUGUUUGACCUUCUGAAGGAGAAACAGGAGGUCAAGGACAUCCCUGGGGCAAGGUCGCUGGUCGUCACGAAAGGUCGCAUCGAGUUUGACAACGUCUCAUUCUACUACCAGCAAGAGAGAAACAUCCUGAAGGACAUCUCGUUCACGGUCCACCCCGGUCAGACGGUGGCGCUGGUGGGUCCGACAGGCAGCGGGAAGUCCACUAUCAUCAGACUCCUCUUCAGGUUCUAUGAUGUCAUGGGAGGAGCUAUCCGCAUUGACGGACAGGACAUAUCCAAGGUGACCCAGAACUCUCUCCGAAGAAGCAUUGGUGUGGUGCCCCAGGACACUGUACUGUUUAACGACACCAUCAGGACAAAUAUCAGAUAUGGAAAGGUGGGCUCUAAAGAUGAGGAUGUGGAGGAGGCUGCUGAAGCUGCAGAGAUCCACGACAAAAUCCAGAUGUUUCCUGAUCAGUAUGAGACCAUGGUGGGGGAGCGUGGUUUGAAGCUGAGUGGAGGGGAGAAACAAAGAGUGGCCAUCGCUAGAACCAUCCUAAAAGCACCUUCCAUUGUACUACUGGAUGAGGCCACCUCUGCACUGGACACCCAGACAGAGAGAAACAUCCAGGCCUCCCUGAACAGGGUUUGUAACAACAGAACAACCAUCGUCGUUGCGCACAGAUUGUCAACCAUCAUCAAUGCAGACCAGAUCCUGGUGUUAAACGAGGGAGAGAUCGUGGAAAGGGGAAGACACGAUGAGUUGGUUGACCUCGGCGGAAUGUACGCUAACCUGUGGCAGCAGCAGCUCCUGCACCCCGAGGACGACAGCGCCAGCGGGUCCGAAAAAGGCGACAGCGAAGAGAACAAGAACAAGGACGAUUAACCCUCUUUCUACUAAGCCUCAACUUUUCUCUCUGAAGAAUGAAUGAAUGGUUUAGUAUAUGUCAUUGCCACACACAUCAUAGUAGCAUCAUUGGCUAAAGGAGUACUACAUAAAAUACUUUUUUCGGCCAGGUUGCCCAGGUGGCUACCUGCAUCAAAAGCCAGGUUGCGCCAUCAACACUUCAGGUUGCCCCACUUGGCUAAAGCAGUGCUCGAAAUACUUUUUUCAGCCAGGUUGCACAGGCUGCAACCUGAGUCAAAAGCCAGGUUACGCCAUCAACAUGUCAGGUUGCCCCACUUCCAAGUUAUGACAUUCAUCAAAUCAGUAACUUAUUCAUUAUCUUUUCUUUCGGUUACAUGUUACUACUUAGUAUGUUUUGUCUUAUCAAGAAAUAGAUACAAAAUCUUAUGUAUGAAGGUGGGGGAAAAGCAUUGUUCCAACUGACAACUUUCAGGUUGCACUCUGCACUACCUGGCCAUGGGUUGACAUUUAUGUUGCGUCAAUGAUUGCAUUUUGUAAGAGUGAAAGUGGGUAUUUCGAGCAGUGCUUAAGUGCAGUACAAAGAGCAAUUAAAAGUCAUCUGAAGGCAAUAAAGAUACAUACAUGUACAUCAGCUAAACACUACAAACCUUAUAGUUUUGAAAUAUAUUUAUACAUGUCUAAAUGCUUAUUGUUGGCACUAGCUCUUUGUCAUUAACUAGUUUCACCAGGUAAGGCAGUGAAUUCUUCCAAUAUCUAACAGUUCUACAUUUGAAUUGAGUUAUCCACCUUUCUCACGAGGCGACCAUCAUAGAUUGAAGACGAGGUCAAUGAGGCAAACAGACAAAACUUAUUUCUAAAAUCAGCACCCAUUUAGUUUUUCCCACGCCACACAAAUUUUCACAAUAUUAUAACCAGUGUCAUGCAGCGAAAUAUGUAGCAAUUUAGACUUGCGUACCGAUCCCAUAUUCCCUUAAUAAGAGAUGCAAAAUAAACAUAAUAAUGCAAAUAUUUGACGGACAUGCAGCCAUUCUCUUAUUGGUCAAUUUUGUAAUUUCCAUGCUAUCAUUGGUUUAACUACUAAUUAUGAUGGACAGUCUUUUGUUUGCCUCAUUGAACUCGUUUUAGAUCUAUUAUGGCCGCCACGUGAGAAAGGUGUAUAAGGGUAUCUGAGAUUCUAGCCAUGGAGACAAUGGUUUCUUGGCGGCUAUAUUCAGAAAG